AGUUCAGUUCUUGUCUUCUUUGUGGAGAAAGAUGGCCCUUUUGAAUUUCUUACGGUUGAAGCUUUGGGAAACUGGGCAGGAAUUACCCUCCCCCGUCUUCCCCGGCCGCGACCACGGCGGCCAUGGACUCCUCCGCACGAAUUCGCAGCUUCAUUUGCUCUCUCGGGCUUUGCUUCCUUGUCCUAAUCCAUGGCGUCUCCGCCUCCGCCUCCGCCGCAGGACCCACCUUGGUCAUUGGUCAGUCUACUUCAGUGCAGCUAUCACCUGGAUUGCCGGUGGAAAACUCUCCUGGUUCUAGGCCGGGCACUUCUAUGUAUUGUGAAAGAGUUCAUAUCCAUGGUUUAUCAAGGAUGAAUCACUUGAGUAAAAUAGCCCAUUCAGUUAAAGUGAAAGUUUUCUCUAAAAGUAGCAGUCUUCAUCCAACCAAAUUUGAGGUUUGUUUCCACAGGAAUUUAUCUCUUGGAAUGUGCAUGUGCCCUCAAAACCAAUGGGAAAAAGUUGGCAAGGGUUCAUGGUUUCGGUCUAUGUCGCCAUUUGAUCAUAAGCUCUUAGAUAUUCGAGUAGCUGGUUCAUCCUUGGAAACUUUCGAGAUGUCAAUUGAAGAAGAAUUUUUCCUGUAUCGGGUAGUUCUCUUGGUCGUGGGCGUGAUCUUAAUGACCUUAGCAUCUUUUUUGAGCAAUUCAUUGGCUUUCUACUACAGCAGUGCAAUGGCAGUUGGCAUCAUCCUUGUAGUAUUGAUGGUUCUUUUUCAGGGAAUGAGGCUGCUGCCGACUGGGCGAAAAAAUUCACUUGCCAUAUUCUUAUAUUCAUCUCUUAUCGGUUUGGGCUCUUUCUUUCUCCGUUACUUGCCUGGACUUUUUCGUUCAAUCCUCUCGGAGUUGGGAAUUAGCGAAGACAUGUACAAUCCUUUGGCAAUUUUUCUCCUAGCCUUUCUGGUUCUUACUGGGGCUUGGUUGGGAUUUUGGGUUGUCCGAAAACUUGUCCUCACAGAAGAUGGGUCAGUUGAUGUAAGCACAUCUCAUUUUGUUGCAUGGUCCAUUCGAGUUUUGGCUGCUGUUAUGAUCCUUCAGUGCUCUCUUGAUCCCAUACUUGCUCUAGAAGCAUUGAUACUUGGAAUCGCAACCUCAUCUAUGAUCAGGAAAAUUGGUAGAUUAAGAUUUUUUCGCCGACUGUACAGGAAACUGCUUUCAUCCCCUAAGGAGUACAAUAGAACACCACAAAACAUGGGAUCACAUGUCUUGCAAGAUUCGUAUGAUGAGAGAGGCAGGACCAAAAUGUCCUCGCCUGCAUUGUAUAAUUCUCCCUUGCAAGGGAGCAGGACGCCACCUUCUCGGCCGUCAGGUCCAGAGACGUACUACUCUACCUUCCAUGCCACGCCUGAUAGGAAAAGAUACUCGGACGAUGAGUGGAAAAAGAUUACCAAAGAGCACACCAAAAUAUCCCUGGAAGAACUCGUAUCUUCUCCUGACUUCAGCAAAUGGGCGGUCGCUAAUGCUGAAAGAAUCACUUUGGCUCCAAUCAAUGAUAAUGCGAGCAUUAGCUGGGCCACUAGACUUCGCAACCGGCUACCAUGGAUUUAAGCCGCAUCUUAGGUCAUCUUGAGAUGCAAGACGUGACGUUUCAGCAGAUGGGAGAUCCAAAAUUAAUUCGGAUAUACUACUCAAAUAGCCUUUUCGGGAAAAAGCAGUGCAAGCGGGUCGCUUACACAGUAACUUAAUCAUCUGACAGAGUCUUUUUCAUUUGAGGCAGCAAAGUGGUAUCGAAGUCCUCAUAGCGAAUCGGGUCUUUCCUUUCGCGAAUGGUAUGUAAUUGUAACAUUGCAGUUUAGGAGAUUGUGCAUUAGAUUUUUUGUUGGUAGGGAAAACACGCAGCUUAACUUCUUUACUCUAGCGGAGUUUUUGUCAUAGGUGACUAGUGAAGAGGAGCAGCUUUCUUGUUAGCUUUCGAGGGAGAAGAUGAUGUGUAACACUGACACUUUCGCAACUUUCUUGCAAUUCUUGCUCAAUUUAACUGUGGUAUCAUCACUUCGGAGGAGCAUAUACAUAUGCAGUUCCACCCA